AUGAAGAGCCGAAUCUCCGAAGCCCUCUCCGACUUCUUCUUCGAGUAUGAGACCCCGCGGCAGGUGCUGGUCAGGAACAGGAGAGUCGCGGUGGUGUGCCGCCUCAUCCAGCUGGGGGUCUUGGCCUACAUCAUCGGGUGGGUGUUCAUCUACGAGAAAGGCUACCAGUCCACAGACACCGCCGUCAGCUCCGUCUUCACUAAAAUGAAAGGAGUGGGCUACGCCGACGUGAACGGAGAGCAGAGAGUGUGGGAUGUGGCCGACUACGUCUUCCCGCCGCAGGGAGAUUCGUCAUUUGUGGUGAUGACCAACUACAUUAUAACGGAAGGUCAAAAGAUGGGAAUGUGUCCUGAGCUCCCAGGCAAGCACAACUGCAGCUCAGACGCCGACUGUGAAAGAGGGAGUUUCAAACGUACGGGACACGGACAUAUGACUGGCAUGUGUGAUAAUGCCACAAAGACCUGUGAGGUUGUGGCUUGGUGCCCUGUUGAGAAUGACCACAACAUACCAGACCCUCCCCUGUUGAUGUCUGCAGAGAACUACACACUGUUCAUCAAGAACUCUGUAACAUUCCCCAUAUUUGACGUGACCAGGAGUAACCUAGUGGAGGGCAUUGACGCAACUUAUAUCAGCAAAUGUCUUCACAAUCCGAGGGAUGCUCCACUGUGUCCCAUAUUCAGACUGGGAGACAUAGUCAAGGAGUCUGGCUUUAAUUUUGAAACCAUUGCCAAAGUGGGAGGGGCCAUUGGCAUCGUGCUGGACUGGACAUGCAACUUUGAUGUGGACGUAAAACACUGUAAACCGAUAUACAACUUCCAUGGACUGUAUGGAAACCCUGCAGAGACAGACAAGGCCAGAGCAUCAGUCGGUUACAACUUCAGGUAUGCAAAACAUUAUAUGGAGGACACUGUACAGAAAAGAACCCUGCUGAAGGUGUUUGGCAUCAGGAUAGAUGUCAUUGUGCAAUCAUUGGCCAGAAAAUUUGAUAUCAUCCCAACAUUAACAGCAAUAGGCUCCGGCGUGGGCAUUUUUGGAGUGGCUACUGUGGUCUGUGACUUGGUGCUGCUGUAUUUGCUGCCAAAAAGGAAAUUUUACAAGAACAUGAAAUUCAAAUACACAGACACGCAUGGACAGCAUGACAGCGAGUCGCUCGGUUUAGUCACGAGCAGCGUCUAUUACACCGAUGAAGCGAAAGCAAGACCAGGCCAAGACACUGCUCGGUCAAAUGACCCUGAUUCAGAGGCAGGUAGCACAGAGACAGAGAUAUCCAAAAAGUGACGACAAGCCGGGGGAGGAAUUUCACAAAAGUGGCUGUGCUGUUUUUUGUGCUGCAGUGAAACCUUCAAAAGGACACCAGAAGUCAACACACCCUCUCAAUGGACUGAAAAGGACAACGUCUCCUCAUCAGCCCAUGUAAAAACAAACAAAACUAAAAGAAUUCUGGCUGCAAAGCUGUGAAGUCAGCUCACACGAGAUCAAACACUAACUGUCAUUUGCAGUGGUAUUAACUGUAGACCAUUUAUAAGGUGCUUCUCAUGAAGCUAAAUGAGGUUGCAUUAGAAGUGCUACUACAAACAACUCAUGACUGAAUAGCAAUGAAUGCUCAAAUAUACAUCGCAGUUAGAUUCCACACCCAGCUGCGAUUGGUGAGAAUCCAUGAAUUUGAAAGCCCAUAUAGUAAAAAAAUAAAUAAAUAAAAAUAAAAAAAGGCAAAAAUAAAAAAAUAAUUGUUUUUUUAGAAAGUAGGGAAACUAUCGUAAAACACUACUUUGCGGAAACGAAAAGAAAACUCACUCGCCCAGUGUUCCAAAUAAGAGUAAAGCGUGCUUGCUUCAAGCUGUUUGACACUUCAGUUGAGGUUUACAGUAAAGCUGGCAUAUAAAACUAAAGACAGUUCAUUAUUGUUAAUUUAGACACUAAUACGUUCAACCAAAACCUAUGCUGUAAUUUCAUCCAAAAGGUCUGCUAGCUUAAUGCUAACAUAUAUUGCAAAAUGCCAGAGACAGGGUGACAGAAAAUAGAGGUUCAGGUAAUUAUAAACCCUCAAACCGCUGCUUUUUUAACACACAAGCACACACAGAGUAGUAACACACCAAUGCCUGUUAUUGCAGCUUAGUAGGGGACCUUCUGUGCUGCUGCUUGUUCUUAAUUAGGCUGCAUCUAUAGUGACAAUUUGAGCGAUCCAAUUUGAUCAGCGCUCCGUAGCAUGUUACAGCACUGAAGGUGAAACUCCAAAUUGGGACUUGCCUGUAUACUGUAAAAACCCAUCAGAAAUGAUUGCAUAAAAACCCCCAAUGGAGCAGAGGUGCAAAAGAUGAACAGCGAUAUAGCCGGGGGCUCACUGUCAUUUGUUCAGAGAGAAGUGACAGCAUCUGGGCCAGUCGGAAACCUCCACAUAGUAGGCUACAGAACAGCAGAUGGCUCGUACUCAAAUGAUUCACAUGCAAUAUUGAGAGAGGGAAAAGAAAGCACCCCUGGGGCCUGGGCUUGGUGGGCAGUGAUAUGAAAAAUAAAAAUGAAAGAAAGAAUACAGAAAUGUCCCUUUAAAUUUCCAAAGGCCUUGGAAUGACUUUUUAAAUUGUUGUUCAAAGUGCAGUAGAUUGAAUAUAGUCGUUAUGGUUUGGUAAGAAAGGCUACAGCCAUCUUACGUUCUUACUGUCCCUCACUUUUUUUUUAAAACCCCUGCAUUAAAUUGUACGUUUUUGUAAUACUUCUCAGUGCCAAAGCUAUCUCAGCAUUAUUAUUUUUACAAUUAGCUUUUUAUACAGCUCCCCGAACAUUAACAUAUUAUUUAUAUAAUUGAUUACGGAGUUUGCAAGUUGCCUAUGUAGUUAUAUUUGUAUGCUGAUUCCAAAAUUGGAGUCCAUUUUUCUCUCACACGUCAAGUUUACCAGCUGAGCAAAAUUCCACCGAUUGGCUGCAGUAAGACUUGCCAGUUGAUUACGAUUGGACUCAUCUACAGCUACGUGGCAUCUUGUUUGUGCAGUCACAAAUGAGACGAGAAGUGUGUGCGGCCCCCAAUAGGUCAGUACGAUCAAUAUCUGCAAACAGGAUUAAGAGGAUUUGUGCUGGCUUUUCUCUUAACCUUGUAACCAUGGGCGCACUGUUGUAAAUUCUAUUUUGUUUUAUGCUGUAUUUUUGGUUUUCAAAGCUUGUACCUAUUCCAUCUUAGUGUUUGAUUUACAUAGAUACAUUUUUCAUAUGUUUUAAGAAAACAGGGAUUCUAUACGUGAUAAGAGGAAAAACUGAUACCUACCUGAUACUGAUUUUUUUUUGGGUUCUCUGUCCCACUUCUCCAGUCAGCGGCGUGAGCGCUGACAAAUUGCAAAACAAAAACAGUUAACCGCAAAAUCUCAGUCAAUAAAACACAAGAUGAAAAGCCUCGCUUACGAACACAAAUCACAACUUCUGGCACAAAGGAUGACAGAAGAUAACCGGAAACACGUGCCGAUUUCCAUCCACCGUGGCGUCAAAAACAAAACGAUUCCUUUCGCAAAAAAUAAAUACAAUACAGUAUCGUACAUGUAAUUGUUAAAUGAAUACCUCUGUGGUGGUGUCAAACAAAACUGCACACUACUAUCUUUGUCAAAGGCGAAUUUUUCAUAAAGUUACGGUAUUGGAAUUUAAUUGUUCAGGCGUACCCCAUAAAGCGAGUCCCUAUGGGUGGCGGGAAGGAACAAUCCCAUAUCAGUUGUCUUGUGCGCAGUGCAAUCAAUUACCUGUCGCUGUAAUAGUCAAAGCAAGAAUUACACCGCGUGUGAAUGUCCUGCUGUCGCGGUGAUGCAACCCUGUGUGAACCUUCUGAGCAAAAUGGAAUUCAAUAAAACAUUGAAAACA